UGCUUGCAUGUCUUUUGUGCUUUCUAUCAAUGCAGCCGCAAUCUCUCUUUCAUAAGGAAACAGCCGUUUUCAGCACUACUGAUAGAUGCUUGCUGAGGGAAGAAAUGAAGAAAUGAUGGCGCAGCAUGAAGACAAAUUGUAGCUUUGGAGACAUACUGCUGGGACUUUUUGAAUUUUGAGAUUGAAGAAUAUUGAAAAGACGGCACUGCAAUAAGCAGGAUUGCUUGGGCAAUAACAUCACAAGAUUAUUGACCAACUGUUGAUCCCAGACGGAGGGAUUUUUCUUCUGAUCUUUUCUCUUCGGAUUCUGCUUUGACUCUAGGAAGGAAAUUACCGACAAGUCAUACUGUGAGUUUUUAAACUGGUGGAGUAAUAAAUGAUACAGAACCUCAUCUAAAUAGAGCUCUUCUUUUUUUUUUUAAAGCACUGGAGCUAAUCAAUCUACACCAACAUUUGCUCUCUAAUCAAAUAUCCGUGGGGACAUCCCCUCAACUUUUAAGCAGCAACUUAUCACGUUAUUCCAAAUGAGCACAUCCAAGAAGAACAGCCUUUUCUCCAUUGGCCCUGUGUCGUCAGCCCUGAUGUGUUCCACUGGCACGGCAGCCACAGGAGACAAACCGGGACCUCAGGCUAAAGGGGCUUUCUGCUCAGAGGAGGACCAGGACAAGCUGAAGAGCCUGCAGCAGGCAUCUGUGUCCAAUGUGGUGGAGGAGUUCUUCUGGAUAGGCAGCAGCAUGGUGGCCUUCUCUAAGUGGAGGCUUGGCUACAUGGUGGAGAAAUGUAUGAGCUCCAUGCAGAUGGGAACCCAGAUGGUGAAGCUCCGUGGUGGCUCCAAGGGACUGGUGCGGUUCUUCUAUCUGGACGAACACAAGUCCUGCAUCCGCUGGAGACCGUCGCGCAAGAAUGAAAAGGCCAAGAUCUCCAUCGACUCCAUUCGUGAGGUUUGUGAGGGUAAACAGUCCGAGAUCUUCCAGCGCUACGCAGAGGGCACCUUCGACCCCAACUGCUGCUUCAGCCUGUACUACGGAGAACAUGUGGAAUCUCUGGACCUGGUGUCUGGCACUGGAGAGGAGGCGAGAACCUGGAUCACAGGCCUGAAAUAUCUGAUGGCAGGCAUCAGUGAUGAGGACAGCCUGGCCAAGAGACAACGCACUCGUGACCAAUGGCUGAAGCAGACCUUCACUGAGGCUGAUAAGAAUGGCGACGGCAGCUUAAGCAUCAGCGAGGUCCUGCAACUCCUGCACAAACUCAACGUCAACCUCCCCCGACAGAAGGUCAAACAGAUGUUUAAGGAGGCUGACACAGAUGACAACCAGGGGACACUUGGCUUUGAGGAGUUCUGCUCCUUCUACAAGAUGAUGUCAACCCGCAGGGACCUGUACCUCCUCAUGCUCACCUACAGCAAUCACAAAGACCACCUCAACACCGAUGACCUGGCCCGUUACCUGGAGACUGAGCAAAAGAUGACCAAGGCGCCCAAGGACCACUGUCUGGAAAUCGUCAACAAAUUUGAGCCGUGUUCUGAAAACCAGAGAGAAGGCGUUUUGGGAAUUGAUGGUUUUACAAAUUACACGCGCAGCCCAGCAGGGGACAUCUUCAACCCAGAACACUACAAUCUGAACCAGGACAUGAACCAGCCGUUGUGCAACUACUUCAUCGCCUCCUCACACAACACAUAUCUGAUGGGUGACCAGCUGAUGUCACAGUCUCGGGUGGACAUGUAUGCCUGGGUGCUGCAGGCGGGCUGUCGCUGUGUAGAAGUGGACUGCUGGGAUGGUCAAGAUGGUGAGCCCAUCGUCCAUCACGGCUACACCCUCACUUCCAAGAUUCUUUUCAAAGAUGUCAUUGAGACCAUCAACAAGUACGCCUUCGUCAAGAAUGACUACCCAGUCAUCCUGUCCAUCGAGAACCACUGCAGUGUCCCUCAGCAAAAGAAGAUGGCCCAGUACCUUGUUGAGAUCCUGGGGGACAAACUGGACCUGGCCCACAUCAAAGCAGAUGAGUCUGGACGACUGCCGUCACCAGAAAUGCUCAAGGGCAAGAUCCUCGUUAAGGGGAAGAAACUGCCUCCCAACAUUGAUGAGAACGCAGAGGAAGGAGACGUGUCAGACGAGGACAGUGCUGAUGAGAUGGAGGACGACUGCAAGCUGAUGAACGGAGAUUGGAAGACAUCUGCCAACAGAAAGCAGGUGGAGAACAUGGCCAAGAAAAAGCUUGACAACCUGAUGAAGGAGUCAAAGAUUCGAGACAGAGAAGACCCAGACAGCUUCACCAUCACAGCCCUCCCUCCAGCUGGGAAGCCCUCGGAGAAGACUGGCUCGAAGGUUAUCCUCUGCUGUCAGGGUAAAAGUGAGGAUGGGACGGACACAGCGGACGAGGCUAAUCCCAGCAGCAACAAGCAUUCAAGCCGUUCCUUCAUCGGGAGCUUUUCAAAACGCAAGAAAAAAAUGACCAAGCUGAAGAAGACAUCGAGUUUUGAAGACACAGAUACUGAUCAAGAGAGCACAAGUAGUGCUUCCCGUGUCCCCCUGCACCACAGCAAAAAGAAGAAGACCAUGAAGUUAUCUAGAGCUCUGUCUGAUCUGGUUAAAUACACGAGGUCGGUUGGUCUCUAUGACAUUGAAGCAGAAGCCAACUGCACCUGGCAGGUGUCGUCGCUCAGUGAGACCAAAGCCCAUCAGGUGAUGCAGCAGAAAGCUACGUCCUUCAUCCACUUCAACCAGCGGCAGCUCUCCCGCAUCUACCCGUCCUCUUAUCGUGUGGACUCCUCCAACUUCAACCCUCAGCCCUUCUGGAACGCAGGCUGCCAGCUCGUUGCACUCAACUACCAGUCAGAGGGCCGGGUCCUGCAGCUCAACAGAGCCAAGUUCUAUAGCAACGGCAACUGUGGCUACAUCCUAAAGCCUGUCUGCAUGUGUGAAGGUGCCUUUAACCCCAACCUGGAGGACCCGCUGCCAGGUCAGAUGAAGAAACAGCUGGUGUUGAAGAUCAUCAGCGGACAACAGCUGCCCAAACCCAAAGACUCUAUGUUAGGGGACAGGGGAGAGAUCAUUGAUCCCUUCGUGGAGGUGGAGAUCAUUGGCCUUCCAGUGGACUGCUGCAAGGAGCAGACCAGAGUGGUGGAUGAUAAUGGGUUCAACCCAAUGUGGGAGGAGACUCUGGUGUUUACGAUCAACAUGCCAGAGCUGGCCCUGGUGCGUUUCCUUGUGUGGGAUCAUGACCCCAUUGGCCAGGACUUCAUCGGCCAGCGCACCAUCGCCUUCAACAGCAUGAUGCCAGGUUAUCGCCAUGUGUACUUGGAAGGUAUGGAGGAGGCGUCAAUCUUUGUUCAUGUAGCUGUGAAUGACAUCACUGGUAAGUGGACCCCUCUUUUUCCAAAUGCACCAUUUAGAGGCAAGACAUUUUUAGGAGCCCUGAAGCUGCCGCUCAGAACUCAGGCCAGAGCAGCCAGCGGCAUAAAAGGGCUGUUUCACAGAAACCCAAAGCAAGCUUCCCUGGACAGCCAUGCUGUUGCACAGCACAGCCGUAAGCACCCGUUUGGUGCCCACCUCCUGCGCCGCACUGCCAGUGCACCAACCAAAGGCCAGCCCAAAAUCAAGAAGGGCUACCCAGAGAUCACCAUCGACACCAAAGACUACAGCUCAGAGGGCGCUAGUGAGGAUCGAGAGUCUGAAGACCGGGACAAGGCCUCGGCUGCCGCCUCUCAACAGCCCACGCCACCACAACACCAGACUGGGGAUUCACUGGCAUCCCACCAAGCCACCAAGGCGCCCAGGGACCAUCCUGACACCAAUGGGGCUUUUCACCCUGAGGAGGGUAAAGUCUGUUCUACAGUGCAGAGACCAGCUCCCCCGCUUCCAUUUCCUGUGCUGAACUCUGAAGACCCCAGGAACCCACAUUCCAUCCGUUCUCCAAAAGAGAGGCUUGUAUCACAUUGUGCUUCAUCUAGACUACUGCACUCAGCAUCCACAGCAAUAAAUGCAGACUCCCCAUUGGCUGUUGCUUCAAAUGGGCUGAUGGACAGCCCCAUCAAGAUGAGUGACAACGUGACGUUUCCCACCCUUUCCAGAACCCUGUCACUCUCCAUGACAAAGCCUGCUGAGAAUACUGUCCUGUCCCAGUGCAGUCAAGACACCCAGACCAACAGACGUACUUAUUCAUUCAACCAAGAAACUCUGACAGAGAAGACAGAUGAUAGGGCAGAAUUCAAGUCUGACCACAGAGCGAAGGCUCCUGCUGCAUCAGUGUUCACUGGAACCCCUGCAGUCCCAGCACCUCAGAAAGCCCAGGCCAGGAGAGCACUUUUUAAUAGUCUGCCAUCACACCCACCAGUAAGAAGAACAAAAAGCGUGGGUCAUGUUCGGGUGGAUGUAGCUGCAGCUGGACAGGCCCAGUCAGCCAUACCAGAGGUUUGCACUGAUGCAACCAUGAAUGACCGCCUUUGGAGAAAGCUGGAACCAAGCAGCCACCGAGACAGCAUGUCCUCCUCUUCUAGCAUUUCUUCCAGCGACACAGUCAUUGACCUGUCCCUGCCUAACCUGGCCAGGAAAAGCCUCACCAGCCUGCCCACAGCCAGCAGCACCUGCAGCCCUCCCUGGGUCAACUGCCGUCAUUCAGCAUUACUCUCCUAUGAUACCCUGCCAGUCAGCAAGAGCAAGUCAAACCCCAAUCUUCAGCAAAGUCACGGCUCCGUAGAUGAGCUUAAUCCCCGACCCCUGCAGCCCCCACAGGAAGCUUGUAUGGACUCACCAAGCAGACUGACUCAAAGGAGGCACACCUGGAGUCGGCUCUACAUGGAAGGGCUCAAGCAGUCAUCAGCCAACAGGUCUUCCUCUGCAACCACAACCCCAACAGAUACAACUUCCAUGUCCAAAAGCCUUGGUGAUCUGACCUCUGAUGACAUUUCCUGUAACUUUGACAGCAAGUACCGAAGCAUCAGCCGCAGCUUUAUUGUUAGGCCAACUAGGGACCAGCUGCGCAAGGGCAGCCUACAGAAGUCUCGUCCAUCCAACAACCUGACAGAGCAACUACGGAAAUUGACUGAUGUGGAGCCACUGACUGCAAGUGACUUUGCCUCAGAAAACAGGCCUAGAGAGUCACACGAGGAGACUGUGGAUGAGACCUUGGUGCGAAGGACCUCCUCGAGGAGCCAAAGCAGAGUGCGGUACAUUGCAAACAGGGCCAAGAAGGCCCAGGAAAGGCAGAGGCUCCAGGGCCUGGUCCAGGGCAGAAGUGCAAGUUUUAGCCUUGCUGGUAACAUUGGCAGUGGAAGUAGUGCUAGCCCCAUUGAGGAGCGGGGAAACCCUGAAGGGGCGUGUUGCGUGGCCCGCAGUCCCUGCACCAGCCUGGACCUGCUGAGUCAACUUACCCCCCUGGGAUCGUCCUCUUCAAGACAGCCCGAGUCCUCCCCAAACCCUGAAAACAGUGAAGUCUUUUUUAUGCUCAAACUCUAAGAACUGGCUGACUUGGAACUGAGUGUGACACACAGUUAGAAACUUUUUGGGAAUACAGUCCAGUUUUUCUCAUUUUAAUAUCUUUUUUUAGAGAAAGUUGCGUUUCUUGCAGCAUGUCUUGCAGAAAACUGGUAAUGCAGAUCAUUUCAGCAUCUCACAGAAAAAUGGAAUCUCCUAUAUUAGUGACCCAUCACUCCCUCGCCUUGACUUUGUGCGUCUUUUUUUUUUUUACCUGUGCAGUCAAAAAUCACUGUCUUGAAGAUAGUGGGGGGUUCAUUUACAAGCAACUACUGCAGCUCUCUCAUCUGUUUGCACCAAAUGUUAGAUAAUUGUCAGAAUGUAUUUUGUGAAAAACUACCAGAAGUUUUUGUGUCUGUUUAUGUUGACUGUGAUCUACUCUCAUGUUGGAGAUUUUUUUAUUAACAUUACAUACAUCCAGCACCAACAGAUCAUAAUCAGAGGAGACCAUUUUAAAUACUUUUUUUAUUUACUCGAAUGGUAUGAUAUACUUUAAGCUGAAGAUUAAUAGUUGAUGUCAAACAGUUUAUCAGCCCAUGCAUCCACUUGCAAUAUUUUGAAAAUAAUGGCAUGGUAUCAUAUUUAAGAGAUAAUGUACAGUUCGAUGCUAAAAGCUGAGGCUUCUCUCAUGUCUUUGAAAAAAUGGUAAGGAAUCAUCCCUACAAUCGUGACGAAAGUCUUUUAAGUAUCUUUGUGUAGUAGUUACAUUGUAAUUUGACUCAGCUGCCAAUAUUUUGCUAACUUUUCUGAUCUGUGGCAUGUCACAGCACUGAGCUCCUGUACUUUAAAGCAGUGGUAGGCACAGAGUUUAGCCCUUUUUUAGUUGACUGCAUGUCUUAUAUGCACUGUAAUGUUUAACCUAAGGCUGUGCUUUAUUUUACAAAGUUUUUUUUAAGAUUUGGUAAUAUUCCAAACUCAUUUGUUUUGAUGGUAUGAUGGUGGUCACAAGAGCAUCGUGUCCAAAACCCUGUUCUCAUCAGUCUGUAGCACUAAAACAAGAUGGAAAUGAUCUGUAUAAAAGCAUGUUUAUUUUUCGACCUGCUGUAUGGUUUGCACUGCCAUGACAGUUCUUUGUGCAAAAUCUUAGGGAUAAUAUUUAAUUGAAACAAUUGUGUAAUUAAGACCCAAAUAAAUCUCAAAUGAAUAUUA